CUAUGGCCCAAAAUCAGGAUAAAUGCACAACCAUAAAACCCCAUAAUUACAACCACGUGCAUAACGUUUCAAAUCCACAAAAAUAAAAAGAAAGAAGAUUUUAUGGGGUCCAUCAAACAACCAAUGGGUAUCUUACACGUACUCCAAUCACCAUGCUAAUGAACACUAAACGCGUUUUUUCUUGAACAUUUAUCCAAAAACAUUAUAAUAAUCAUGUUGUAAUUUAGCUUAUCUCACCAAACUUUCCUUUUUUUUUUUCUUUUAGUGCCCAAUUUAGAAGAUAGAGAGAAAAUUCUUCUCUUUUUUUCUACUCUGUAACUCAAAUCCAAAACCCCAUUUCACCCAGAAAUGGAAUUUCGUUAUAUUGAGAGGAUAGCAUAGCGAGUUUAUUUGCAUGGCACAGUCAGAUGGUUCAAGAAUCUUGUCUGCGGCAGUCAUAUGGUGCAUGGCCUAUGUUAUUGUUGCGGUUAUCAGCUCUCUGCGUGCCUUUGCUUUAAUCUGUUUCUGCAUCUCAAGUUGGUGAAGCAAUUUUGACACUAUUCAGAAUCACUUUCGACUUGGAGUUUACUGUGCUUGCAUUUGAAGCUUCAGAUGUGACAAGUGAGAUGUUUGAUGCGAAGGCAUAAAUGUACAUAGCUGUGUGUCGAAGAUUCAUAUGGAUUCGUCAUUAUAAUCAUAGGAAAGUAUAGGAUUAACACACCUCUUUUCUUUUUUUUUGACGGGACACAAUCGAAGACACUCGAGGAAGAGAAAGUGUGGAUAAUGAUAUAGGCUGCUGAAAAUAUGUUUAGGUAGAGUCUGACAGUGAGCUUCUAACUUGGGCAUUGUAAUGGUCUGGUACAUGCUGUAUGAUCAUCAUUUUUAUUGUGAUUCAAGCAGGAUUCAGUGAUUUGAUAUAAAUGAUCAGUACAAACAAGAAGUAUUAAUUUACAGAACAAUAUUUGACUUGAUAAUUAAUCCUACUAGCUUAAAUUAUAAUCCAUGCAUUCCGCCGGCAAAUGUGUAUGCAUAUAAUGCAAUAAAUUUCAACAGAUAUAACAUUUGGCGGCACCAUCAAUGGAUCCUGUUUACCAUUAAAAAAUGAUUAAAAUCUGAUCCUCUUUAAAACCAAAUUAAACAGUAACAAUCAAAGUAACAAAACCUAUUGAAAAGUUGUUUAUUAACUUAAAGUGGAAAAAUGGAUGGAGAGAAAAUGAUCAAAGAAACCUUCUUUAUAACUCAUGGAUGCCCGAAAUUGACAAUAGAAGAAACUCAUCCAUUGAACUCAUUCUUCCAAAAUUGGAGAGAAAAAGUGUAUUCCUUGAAGCCUAAAGCUAUACUAGUCAUUUCUGCUCAUUGGAUAACUGAUCAACCAGCUGUGAAUUCUGUUCAUCUCAAUGAUACCAUGUAUGAUUACGAAGGCGUUAGCUACCCUGCUCCUUUAUAUCAGGUGAAGUAUCCGGCUCCUGGGUCUCCAGAAUUGGCAAAAAAGGUACAAGAACUUCUCAUGACAUCCGGGUUUGAAUCUGUGAAGAUUGACAAAGAACGUGGGCUUGAUCAUGCAACUUGGGUACCUCUUAUGCUGAUGUAUCCUGAGGCUGACAUCCCUGUAUGUGGGCUCUCAAUUCAACCGCAUUUGGAUGGAACGUACCACUAUAACAUGGGACGAGCCUUGGCUCCUCUGAAAGACGAAGGUGUACUCAUCAUUGGUUCCGGAAGUGCAACACACCCUGCAUGGGAUUCGCCUCAAUAUUAUGAUGGAGUUGCUCCUUGGGCUGCAGAGUUUGAUGCUUGGCUUCAAACAACUCUAACAAAUGGAAGGUAUGAAGAUUUGAAUACAUAUGAAACGAAAGCACCAAACUGGAAAUUAGCACAUCCAAUGCCAGAGCAUUUUUAUCCGUUGCACGUCGCCAUGGGUGCUGCUGGUGAAAAUUGCAAGGGAGAGCGUGUUCAUAGUAGUUGGUACCGUGGUACCUUGACUAAUGGUAGAGUGUCUAAUGGUACUUUGAAACAUGCUUCCUACAAGUUCACUUCCACCUAAUUCUCACAAUCUCACCUUCUACACUUUAGUCCAUUGCCAAUUUGCCACUGUCCAAAAUGAUGGAUUUUGUAUUUGCUUCACUGCAAUUCCGUAAACUUCUACAAUAAGAAGAUAUCAACAUUAUAGUAUCUUUGCUCUAAACAUUGUUACAAAUGUUUUGAUGAUAGAUUGAUAGUGAUAAUGUGAUGUUUUAGAUGUUUAGCUCCAGUAAAUCACAAAAAAUGUGAUUUAAUAGACUUGUUCAGAGGUUUUUUUUUUUAAAUGCAUUAUGGGAGAAUAUUU